AUCAAACCCACAGCCAGACGGAAUUCUCACUGCACAGACGCAAGACCAUGAAGCUUCUCCUGUUAGUGUGUCUCCUGACCUACAGCUCCACAGGCACAGCUCAGACCGUAGCUCCCCUGGUGCUCCAGGUGUGUGAGUGCUGUGUGGAGAGCAGUGGUGAUGGCAUCUUCUGUGGACCUGUUUGCUUCGUAGGCAAAUUGGUGUGGAUCAAAGAGACUCUACAUGUGAGGCAGACAGAGGGAAACACCGCCGUCCUUCACUGUGGAAACCUAACUAACGGUAAAGUGACCUGGAGCAGAGACACCAACGGACAGAGAGUGGACAUUCUGACCACUCAUAAUGGAAAGACGACCAAAAACAUCACUGAUCCAGACAGACGUUACGGCUCACAAGCAGAUCUAGCGCUGACUAUAUUCAGAGUCUCUCAGUCAGACGCUGGUAGAUACGAGUGCAAUGGAACUACAGUGGAGCUCAGUGUGACUGAAGAGACUCUACAUCAGACUGAGAAAGAGGGAAACACCGUCGCUCUUAAAUGUGGAAGACUAACUAAAGGCCCAGUGACCUGGAGCAGAGACACCGACGGACAGAGAGUGGACAUUCUGACCACUCAUAAUGGACAGACGACCAAACACAUCGCUGAUCCAGAUGGACGUUACAACUCAAGGAAAGAUCUAGUGCUGAUUAUAUACGGAGUCUCUCAGUCAGACGCUGGUAGAUACGACUGCAGUGGAGCUACAGUGGAGCUCAGUGUGACAUCAGGAACCGGCCCAAGCAGAAUUACCACAUCCACAACUACUACAGAAGCUGCAGCAACAACACCUGCACCAACAACACCACCAACACCAACAACUGCACCCACAAGUGAAAGAAGAGCUACAAAGGCACCCGAAACUGCAAGAACUACUAAAGGUUCAUCUGGAGGAACAACUCAAGGUUCAAGCAGCAAGGAAGAGCCGCCGCUCAUCACUGCUGAAACAGCUGUUCUAUGGAAAGUCCUGAUCAUAGCAGUGAGCUGUCUGGUUGUUGUGGCGCUGGCUCUGUUCUCAUGGAGAAGGUUCUACAAAAGGAAAGCAGCGCAUCCUGUUACAAGGUCAGGAGAAUUUCUAUUACUCUAUUGAAGACAACACACCAACCACACGACCUGCAAGUGACCAACAAAGAGCAAAGGAACCCAUCUACUACCUGGCAACCUUUCCAGGGGUCCAGAUCACAGACACCCAGCAGAACAUGUAUGAGGCCAAAUAACAACUCCGUAUACUAUGAUAACAGAGCAUGAACUGGGGGAGGUGCUGCUGCAGAUAUUUGCUUGCUCAACAGAAGAGAAGCAGGCACUGCUCUGCUGUUCAGUGCUCAAGAAAGAAGGAACCACUGGCUCAGCCGUUCAUAUCACAGCGUAUAUCUAGACCAGUUAUAUCAGAGCUGGGGCAGCAGCUCUGGUGGGCCUUGUUCUGAAAGCUAGAUGGACAGUUGUAUGUUUCACCUGCUUGCUCUGUGUAGAACAAGGCUUUUUGUAGUUCUUGAAGCCGUUUCUUGUUCAAGCCUUCUUUUUGGCUUUUAAGUAGUUUGGGGCAAAUUUUCCUCUUUUCCUUUCAGUCCAAAUACCCACCUGGACUGAGUACCGUACCGGUCACCCCUCUACAAAGGUGUGACAAAGAGCUGCUGUGUGCCGCGGCCUUAAGUAGAGGAGUCCACAGGUGUGCCAGGUUGGGCCUAAUCAACCCGAGGGCUCCUGAGAAAUGGAGUUCCCUGAACUUGUGGUGCCUCGACACCGUCGCCCUCUGCUGGUGGCUGGUGGCGCAGGCUGAGCCCUUACAAUAUGCUCCUUAUUUAUAGCUGAGGAAAAGAUGAACACGUUAAAAGAAUAGCUUUAAUCACUGCCUGCACCUGUUCAGUUUCACAGAAAUGACUAAUCUUAAAUGUCUUAGAUAUCGUUGGAUUUAACCUUCUUCAUUAAUCUAGGGAUCAAAUCAGGGAGAUCCGCCUUGCGUCUGGAAGUAGACUUUAUUUCUUUAUGCACACAUUUAUUCACAGACAGACAACAAGCUGAGCCACUGAACACUGUAGGAGUCGUGUUUAAAUAGGUGGAUUGAUAUCAAGAUUAGCCAUGGCCAACACAUAACAGAGCAACAGAAAACAGAAGUGGCCAUAUAGGGACAGGCAAAAAUGACAGGACAGGAUGCCCCGCCCCCAGGAUGGCCACACAGAGGUCAUACACACUAUAUAAGACUGCAGUACAUGAUCAUUCCUUCAAUAUAAACCAGAAAACAUAGGAAUUCAUAUGAGAUCACAUCUAAUGUGAGCUGUUCUGAGACACGUGGCUCUGUGUCAACUGGGGAAGUGGGUUAUAGAGCCUCAGAGACCACAAAAUCAAGGCUAUUACAGAUGAACAACUUCACGCUCUGAUGCACGUGUGAUUUUUUAAGCGUGCAGUUCGCACCAUGUUAAUUUGAGGCCAUACACUUCCUUUACUUGCU